CUCAACAACCACUGCUAGCUAAGAUUGACCUAUCAAAGGCAUUCCACACUAUACCACUGACGAGAGACCAGAUCGGUACCUACGCAUUCGAGCACCGCGGCAACUACUACGCGUACCAAUGCAUGCCAAUGGGCGCAACCAACGCGCCUAAACACUUCCACGCUACUAUGGGAACUAUACUGAAAGAUCUACCAUUCGCCGAACACUUAAGGUUCUAUCAAGAUGAUAUAUUCAUCGCUGCUGACAACUACCGAGAACUUAACCGAAGAUACAACCACACCAAACAACAUCUAACGACCUACGGCUUCAAAGUCAAUCCACAGAAGAGCCAACUACGCU